AUGGGGCAACUAUUAUCUCAUCCUUUGACAGAGAAGACGAUAAUCUAUAAUCAGUACCAACCAAGUACCAAUGUAAACGAGAACCACUCACUGCACAUUCAUCGGCCACACUUUCCAGGUCGUCAAGAACCCACUUCAAAAGUGAACGCUAAAGAGCAGGUGCAAAGGAUACCUCGCUUCUUCAAUUGUGUGGGUUCCAUGCAAGGUUAUCGACUAACACAAGAAGAUGCGCAUUUGGUAGCAAAUUUUGAUCGUAAUCUAGUGGUAAACUUUCAUAAUCCUUUCGCGGAGAAAAGUGAGCACCUUCAUAUCUCUCUGUUUGGUGUCUUUGAUGGUCACGGAGGUGACGAGUGUUCAAAGUUUGUCAGUGGACAGAAUGAUGCAAGCCAGGGUGUUAGAAAAUGGAUCAAAUUCAGUUUUGAAAACCAUCAGUAUGGUGCGAUUCAUUCUUCAGAUGACAGAGUCGUCAAACGUAAAUUUCGUACAUUAGACGGGCUUAUAUGUCAAUUACUGAAAGACGCAUUUAUUUACCAGGACCGAGAGUUAUACAGUCAUUUUGCGAAUAGUUCAUGUGGCUCUACUGGAGUAAUUGCUAUUAUUGUAAAUAAUAGUAUGCUUUACGUCGCGAAUACUGGUGAUUCCAGAUGCAUUCUUUCGUCAAAAAACAAAGGCGUGAAAACGCUCUCCUUUGAUCACAAGCCCCAGCAUAUAGGAGAGCUCGUUAGGAUCAAUGACGAUGGCGGUACAGUCUCUCUUGGUAGAGUGGGUGGUGUGCUAGCUCUUAGCAGAGCUUUUGGUGAUUUUCAAUUCAAAAAGGGCGUCUCUUAUACAAACCACGCACAUGGCAUGACUCCAUCUCGUCAUCAAACUCCGCCGCAAGAAGCACAGGUGACGGUAGAGCCAGAUGUGAUCCCUCAUAAAAUCAAUUUUGAGAAGGACGAAUUCUUGGUGUUGGCUUGCGAUGGUGUUUGGGAUGUUUACAGCAACAAAAAUUUGGUUCAAUUUAUCAAAUAUCAUUUAACAUUGGGACUAAAGCUCGAUGAUAUUGUAACAAAACUUUUAGAUCAUGGCAUAGGUUCGGCCGAUAGUAACACUGGUGUCGGAUUUGAUAAUAUGACUAUCAUAAUUGUAGCAUUGAAUAAGCCAGGUGAAACCCUUGUGAGUUGGUACAGCAAGAUGAAAACUCGUCUUGAGAGAGAAAGAGGUCUGGUAUCCUGA